AUGUCUUCCAGUGAAUCCAUCUACCUCUUCUCUGAAGACACUCUCGUCGAACGACCUUAUGAAGAAACACCCUCUACUGAACCCUCUAUUCCCUCGACUCCCGAGAUGUCUAUAGUAGAAGAACGAUCCGUACCAUGGGACACAGACAAAGAACAAGCAGUGCGGGAAGCAGAAGAAGGAUUCAGCGAAUAUCUGGAAGGACUGGACGAGGACAAACAACGACAAGACGAGAUGAUCAGACAACUCACAGAGGACUUCGACAGACCCUCACCUUCCCGCUCUCCCUCUCCACCACCCCUUACCCGCACACAGGGUGAGGGGAUCAUAUUCCCCGAUAGAGAGACAUACCUGACGACUCCCGUCACUUAUAUGAUGGGACUCAUCGAAGGAACACCGAACACUGACUGUGGUAUCUUGUGCCUCGUCUUCGGCCUCAAAUGGAACACCGCUGUUACGCUAGAGGUGGCUCUAAGUGCCGAGCACAACACUAAAACAACCUCUAAGGCAGGGGUGCUGGAGCUAGUAUCUGAUACACAAGGAAUUAUGUCGAAUGGGCGCCAAGCCCCAGCGAUCAGAGAAGAUAAGGAGGUAGGGUGGCCAAGCAAUGGUGCAAGAUCGCGUUUGACCGACCAUGCGGAAGUCGGGAAGAUAAACGAUAAGGACCGACCGACUCACGGAGGACAUCGGCCGAUACGGAAUACUGGCUCCGAUCUCGUAAACACUUAUCGUAACACUCCUAUGCGGUCAUGGGACCGACCGUGUUCGGUAAUAGUCGGCGUCUUCGGUACUUGUCGAGCGCUGUUCGGUAUCUCCCCAAAGCUUCACGAAUACUUCCCUCGGACCCUAGCGCGGUCAGUGGUCGUCGGCUAUGAGUCGGAGCGGGAAAAAAAUGGUGUAGAAAAUGUGGUGGCGUGGAUGUGGGAAAGACUGUGGCGUGGAAAAUGGAGCGGUGUGGCAAGUUUCAUGGGAAAAAGAUCGGCUAUGAGCGGUGGCGUGGAAAGGAGUGGACGGUGGCGUGAGAGCGUGUCGGCAAGGCGCGGUGGCGCGUAUCGCAAUUACUGCCGCGCGCAGUGGCUCGUGGCUUUGUCAGGUGACCACAGUCACGUGCCGAUCGUUGAUUCUCCAGCGACCAAGUCCCUCAUCGCCGCUUGCCUACCGCUCAAUUCCUUCGUCUCUUCCGACAUGUCAGCCCUCCUCUCCGCCCUGAAGACGAAACUCGGAGAGUAUAUGCUCUCCCUUCCGGAUGGUGCCGCCGAAUACGAGGACUACGAGGCCUGGGCGCGAGGUUUCGCCAAGCGAGUGGCUGUUUUAGAUCGCUCAGCGCGUGGGCAAGACCUUCCCGAACUCGCCGACUGGAUCGCCGAGGCCGAGCAUGGCCUCGACCACAUGGCCACCGAUGACUGGCUGGCCUGGGGAACGCGUAUCCUACCGCAACGGGCGGCGCACUUUGCGACGCAGCAACAGCGACAAGCGGCUGAAGCACAGGCCCUGGAGGAGGAAUCGGCACGGGUCGCCAUUGCCGAACGCGAGGCUGAGGAGGCUGAGGCAGCGCGGGCUGCUGCUGCCUUGCGUAUUGCCGAAGAUGAUCGUCAGCGGCGCCGGGAGGCCUUGGUGGAGGCCAUGUUCGAUGGAUCGAUGGAUCCGGAAGAAGGGGACCGUCAAAUGGCCGCCCUAGAAGCAGAGUCCGUCCUACCCUUCCCCCUUUUUCUUCGCUCUCCCUCUCCUUCCGCUCCCGUCGUGUCCUCUUCCCAUCCCGCUCCUUCCGUCGCCGACUCGCUUUCUCGUCCCGGGUCUCCAAUCGCCGAUCCUGAACUCGCCUCCGCGACCGCCGCUAUGAACCGAAUGAGCGUGGAUCUGGUCGCGUCCACCGCCCCGACCGAUGCGAAGGGCAAGAAAUCGGCCGCUGCUGUUAUCGUCGAGUUCGCGCGCCAACAGACGCCGACUGCUGGGCGGGUUGUGCUUCCUCUAGGUCCUGGCACAGGCCGAAUGUCGACGGUUCGUCCCCCGGUGGAACGGAACGGCGCUGGUAAGGUUCUUGAGGAUCCUCCUGGACUACUUCCUGGUGAUGUCUUGGCUGACUAUGCCUGUCAUCGCUGCGCCGACAACUUCACCACCAGGGCGUUCCGUUGCUACCUGAGGCCCGGCCAAGUAUCGUGUAUCAAAUGCGCCGGGGAGCGGAAGGGUUGCAGUUUCCAGCCUGGGUGGACAUCAAAAGACAAGGGAAAGGGGGCGUCGAAGGGGAAGGGGAAGUCUACCGGGAAGGCGAAGUCGGCUAGUAAGGCGAAGUCGAUCGAAAAGUCGGUGGAGGAGGGGCCAUCCCGCCCAACAAAGAGACGUAGGGUGGAGGUGCUUGUUCCCGAACGGUCGGUCGGGGACAGCAUCGCGCAAAACAAAGCCGCUCGGACCAGGAAGCCGGUGAAGCGCCUGCCGGUGACCACCCAGGCUGUCCCUUCCUCUUCUCAUCCUCCUCGCUCCCGUCCGUCCGUCAUUCCCUCCCUUUCCAACUCUUCCCGUCUGUUGCCGACCGUUGCGCAAGGCAUCGCUUCUGAGAUUCGGUACCGGAUUGCCGUUGCCGAGGGUUCGCGUGCCUUUCUGGCGCGUUCGAUCGCGAUGUGGCAGGCCGAGCUAGAGUCCCUCGAAGCGCGUUCGGGUCCUGCGACUUCGGACAUGGUGAUGGUCGAGGAUUCGUCGCAGUCGGAAGGUUCGGCGAUGUCCGAGUCGGGGGAUUUUGUACCCAGCGAAUGA